ACUAGUUCGCUCUCUUCUCUACAGAGCGAGAUAUCUAAAGAUCACAGAACGUUCUCCCAUCUCAACCAUUGUGCAUUGCUGGUUUUUAAUUAUGAUAAACGAGACUCUUGCGUUUGGAGAACUGGACACGAAUGUUUCAGACCCACUGCCGUCCCUCUCUCUCAAUCAGAACAACAGCGCGUUCCCUACGCUCAGGCUCGAGUUCAGGUCUCUGGUCAUCUCAACCACUAUGUUCGCCGUGGGAGUCUUGGGGAAUCUCAUCGCCAUCAUUGUGCUGUGUAUCACUAAGCGGGAACAAAAGGAAACCACUUUCUACACUCUGGUGUGCGGGAUGGCAAUCACGGAUCUGUUGGGAACGUGCUUCACCAGCCCUGUGGUGAUCGCCACAUACAUAGCCAGCCGUUGGCCGGGAGGAGUGCUGCUCUGCCACUUCUUCUCCUUCUCAAUGCUCUUCUUUGGCUCAGCCGGGAUGUCCAUUUUGUGCGCCAUGGCUGUGGAACGAUAUUUGGCCAUAAAUCAUGCGUAUUUCUACUCUCAGCACAUAGACAGGACGAUGGCGCGAUUUGCGCUCCUGGUCACCUACCUGGCCAACAUCGUGUUGUGCAUCAUGCCCAGUUUUGGUUUCGGACAGCACGUGAGUCACUUUCCAGGGACAUGGUGCUUUCUAGACUGGAGGGCAGUUGAUCCGCCCGGUGCCUGCUACUCCUUCCUGUACGGAGGCGUGAUGCUGUUGCUGAUCGCAGUGACAGUCUUGUGUAACUUGGCGGUUUGCAGGUCCCUGGUAGGGAUGAACCAGAGGACGGGGAUAGUAAGGACGGAGUUGUGUGAGCAGGGAGGAUCACGGCGCCGCUUCCCAAGGCUGCCCUCAGUCACCUCAGCGGCGGAGAUCCAAAUGUUCUGGCUUCUGAUCUUGAUGACCAUCGUUUUCCUGGUCUGUUCAAUCCCUUUGGUGGUCCGGAUCUUCGUGAACCAGCUUUACGGCCCCGCUGUUAUUUCCGCUGGAGGGAAGCCAGACAACAGGAGCGACCUGUUGGCGAUCCGCUUUGCCUCAUUCAAUCCGAUCUUGGACCCCUGGGUGUAUAUUUUGUGCAGAAAGAAUCUGCUGCUGAAGGGCUGCGAGAGGCUGAAGAGGACGGUGGCCUGUUUUACGGGCGGCCGGGGAGACAACAUGGGCUGGGCAGGAGACCAACACUCCCCUCCAUCUUUACACAGCAAUGACACCAGUUACGCAUCAAUACGCACAGCCAGCUACAGGAACGACGUGGAGCACCGUGUGACCAUCAAGCACCAGACUUGUGCAGACUUCGCUAUGAGGCAGGCGUGGGAGUACGACACAGCCCGUGCUAACUUUCACCCAUUCAGCGUGGAGUCGACCGCGAUCCUGGCCUGUGAGGAGGAUAUAACAGCUGGGUCCAAACAGGAGGUGGCAACCAUGUCGUCUCCACGCAGUGUAACGACUCCCCUCUCUGCGCACGUGAGAAGAGUGGACAUUGUCACCUGCACAUUCAGCACACCGAGCUCGAGCCAGUCAGCGAAAUGCCUCUGACAGACAUGU